ACACUAACUUUGCAUUAAGAAUUGUUUUGUUGUUGGUGGAGCAACUGCAUUGCGUUGCAUACGAAAUAGACACAAAGUAAAAUUUCUAUUAUUAAAGAUUACUUGUGCGUUGAACCUGAGUUUAUUGGCAUCACAUGCGUGGAGGACAGCUUGCAUGCGUUGUUUUUCACAUGUGAAAAAUAUGAAAUUGGUUUAUUAUUGAGACUUUUUAAAAAAGCCCAAAAAGCAAAAUGUGGAUACAACCCAAGGAGCUGCUGCUGCCAUCGGCAUUCUGGACUGCCGAAAUGUACUCCAAGUACUUUGUGCUUCAGAAGCGUCGAGGCCAUGGAGAGUCGCGGGGAUUUGGCUCUAUGCUGGUGGGCACCUUUGACAGCGUAAUGAACACAAAGCCAGCACCCUAUCGGAUUUUACAUCAGACGCCGUCCUCUGAAGUUUCUUACGAAAUCGCUAUUGGUAUUACUCAGGAUGAGAUUGUCAAGGACUGGGAGUGGCUGCAGGCCAAUCUCUUUAAUGUGCUCAAUGAAAUGGAAAAUGAGGAUGAAGUGACAAAUUUUACAAUAUGUAAAAUACAAUCGCUGUAUACGCAAAAUAAUCUAGACGAUACUGGUGAAUCGCCAGACUUUAAAGUGAUGACCGCACAGUUUCACAAAAUCUUUAAAAUGCCUGAAGACGAGCGUUUGGUUAAUUCCUACGCGGCUGCUUAUGUUAAGAAUAAACUACCACGCCAGGGUCAGCUGUAUAUAUCGCUGAAUCAUGUUUGCUUCUACUCCUACAUCUUGAGUCAGGAGAUUAAGCGCAUUAUACGCUUUGCCGAACUGGAGGAUAUUACUCGCAGUGGCAACACCAUCUAUCUGAAGACUACCAAUAAUAUGACGUAUAAUUUUACGCUGUUCUUUAAUGCAACCGAGGCGCAUGUGUUGCUCGAGCAACUUAAUAAAAUGGCCAUACAAAAGCUCAUACAGGAUCCAGAGAGUCCAGUUGUGGAUCAUGAUACUUCGAAUUUCGCACGACAUGGCGCCAAGUCCAAGAAACCUGUGCUGCUGCGUGAUUUGACAGCGCGACAAAAAUCCGAAGAAUUUUGCAUACAUUUUCGCUUGCCACAAACCGAAAUUUAUGAUGGCAAAAUCAAGGCAGACAUAUGGACGCCAUAUUCCAAACGUUUCCAUGCUGGCUAUAUUUACUUGUCGCCAAAUUUCUUUUGCUUUCGCAGCGAGGUCAAGGAAUUGGUUAGCGUUGUGAUACCAAUGAAAACUAUCAAGAGUGUGGAAAAGAAGGAUGAUGGUCAGCAGCGUUUUGAUAACCAAAUUGUCAUCUUUACGUCCGAGAAUGUGCCUUUUAUGUUCGCCAAAAUCAACGACCGUGAGGUGCUCAUUUCAAAAAUUACAGAUUUACUUUCGCGUAUACAGAUUCCUGUUAGCCGUGAACGCGCAAAAUAUGAUAUAUCCUGGAGCAAGCAGACCGCUUUGCUUAAUAUUUACAAAACACAAUUCAGCGCGGAUAUACAGAAGAAGCAGGAGCAGAAGCUAGCACGCUGGGAGGAACAUUUUCGUGACUUUGGGCGCGGCAUUGGCAUGUUCCGCACCACUGACGUCAUCAAUCUGAUUGUGGAGGGCAUACCUGAUAAGUUGAGACAAGAGAUUUGGUUAAUAUUCUCGGGUGCCAUACAUGACAAGGAAAUGCAUCCGGGACUGUAUGAGGAUCUGGUGGAAAAGGCUGCCAGCAUUAAGUCGUGCUUGGUGCAUGACGAGAUCGAUAGAGACUUGCCGCGCUCCCUGCCCGAGCAUCCGGCUUUUCAGUCCCCCGAUGGCAUUGGUGCCUUGAGGCGUGUGCUGCAAGCCUACGCGCUCCGUAAUCCGCAGGUGGGCUACUGCCAGGCCAUGAACAUAGUGUCGUCAAUAUUUUUGCUGUUUUGUGAUGAGGAGAACGCCUUCUGGAUGUUGGCCAGUCUCUGCGAGAAUCUCCUACCGGAUUACUACAAGGACAAGGUUGUGGGAGCUCAAAUAGAUCAGGGCGUGCUGAACGAGCUCGUUGAAACUCAUUUGUCGGACUUGCAUGAGCAUCUAGAGCGUUUGGGCGUCAUCAAAAUGAUCUCCAUCUCUUGGUUCCUUACCAUAUUCAUCAGCGUCAUUAGCUAUGAGAGCUCACUGCAAAUACUGGAUUGCUUCUUCUACGAGGGCGCCAAGAUCAUCUUCAUGGUCUCGCUGCAAAUCAUUGAAUGGAACCGCGACAAGCUGCUCAAGUGCAAAGACGAUGGCGAGGCCAUGCUGGUUCUGCAAACCUAUCUCGAGGGCAUAUACAAUCCCGAGUAUCAAGUACCGCCCUCCACGGACAAGCGCAAGCACGAACGCCCCCAAACGCAAACUGUUCAAACGCUUAUACACGAGGCCUACACCAAGUUUGGCGAGGAGCUAACGCAACAGCGCAUCACCACACUACGCAACAAGCAUCGCCGCCUCACCGUCCGACAGUUUGACAUUGACAAUGAAAAGACCAUUGUCAAGGCGCAUGUCCAGAAUGCUUACUUUGACCGCCAGGAGCUGCACAUGCUGCUGACCAUCGUGCGUGAGGAGAAGCUGGCGCUAAGAUCCAUGCAACAGCAGCAUAAUAAGCAUAGCCACAUGAGCGAGGCGCCACAGCUACUGCCACAGCAUCCACAGUCGCCCACGCGUGCAAAUGAUAUCAUGCCCGGCGGUGGCAGUGGACGUCAUGAGGCCUACUGCGUCAACUAUGAAGUAUUCCAUACGCUCUUCACUGAGCUUACGCCGUGGCGCAAGUGCACAAGCGUCGACAUUGGCGAGAAACUCUUUCGGCUGACGGACAAGAAGGGCAUUGCUCAUUUGGACUUUGGUCAGCUCAUCAAUGCAUUGGGCUUGGUCUGCUCCAGCAAGACCAUGGAGAAGCUAAAGCUUUUGUUUGUGCUGCAUUUACCGCCACUGUUGUCCAAGGCGGAAAUAGAACGCACACGUCGUCCACGUCCACGCACCAAAGAGGAUGCCGACGAGGAGGCUAUCGAAGCGGAGGAUUUCUUUGACGAGGACGCUUCCGAGUCCAUGGAGGCACUGCCGUCACCCUCGGAUCCGAACUUUGAUGACGAUGACUUUGCGCUAAUUACAGCCACCAAGCAUUUGCAUAACCUGGCCGGCAUCUCGGGAAAUACAUUUAUGGACUUAUCCAGAACUACGCCGAAUCUGUCGAUCAACUCGAAUGCCUCAUCGCUGGCGCAGCGGCACUCAACAUUCUACGUGGACUUGCCAACACAUGCGGAUAUUUCAGAUCUGGGCGCAGCUCGCAUGACCCCGCCGGACACAGCACAGGCAGCCGGCAGCGCUGCUGCUGAUCAAACUCUGUUGAACGUUGAGACUAUAUCGAAUUUCUCGCAGAUCAGUGAUCUGGUGGCCACGCGCCUGGAACGCGCAGACUCCAAUGCAACGGACACGCGCAGCUUGGGCAGCCUGGGCUAUUUGCUUGAUCAACCGGAUGAAGGCCCCAGCAGCAGUGGAAGACACCGCCGCAUACCGCAUAUGCGCAAGGAGAAUUUCCAAUUACUAUGGCGCAGUAUCAUUGAGAUAUUGGGAUUUGUGCAGGACGAGGAAAUGCGACGUGCCUAUGAGAAUAUCAUAGAACUGGGCAACAGCAACAUAAAGAAAGAGCCCAGUUUGGAGAGCUUUACACAGCUGAAUCUGGGCGGCAGUAGUGAUGAGCAACCUGAUAGCAAUGGCAAUCCAACCACGCCUGCUGCAGAGCCCAGCAACACCACACGCCUGUUUGUGGCACUGGAGGAGGAACUGCGUCAGGCCAAGGCUGCAGCUAAUAGCAGCGGCAGCAGCAGCAAUAGCACAAAUAUCUCAGAAAACUGGCACAUAUCCAUAAAUCAGUUUAUUGCUACGGCACUCACUUGCGAAUGCAUUAUUAGGGCAUUCCAGUCCCGCACACAGAUCGUCGAGCAGAUCGAACAGCUGCAAAAGAAGCGACGCAAGUGUCUAUCCACCAACUAUUGAGCGCAAACAAGCUACCCUAUAUUAGCCAUACUACAAAACGAUAGAGAACUGUGCAAUGCGGCUUCAGCUUUUAAUCGUGAAUCCUUUUAUAAGUAUAUAUGAUUAUAUAUUAUAUACAUUUAUAUGUUGUGUGUGUUAUACGUAUGCAAUCCACUUUAGUUAAGCCAAUUGUUUGUGA